UUGACAGUCAAAUGUAAUAAGUUUUCACUGGCAGGAAAUAUUUUCUUUGAAAAAGUUCUUAAAAUAUUUAAAAUUUUAAAGUUUUAUUAUUUCCAAAUACAAAUAUUUGCGGUGUUUAAAGAAAGUAAUAUAAAAUUUUUGUGUUUAAAGUUAUUUUUUUUAUCAUAAAAUUGAAUUGAAAAUUUUCUCAUGAGCGAAAUCGUGUUUGAAAAGACAGAGAUAUAUUAAAAUAAAAAAUUAGGAGACUCCUGCGUCGUGGAGAAUUUUUCAAUGCAAUUUUAUAAGCGAAUGUAAGAUUGCAGAGUGAGAAACUGUAAAAGUGUUAGUGCAAAAUUAAAUAAAAGAAGGAGAAGUCGAAGUUUGGAAUCUCACGGCAGCACGACACGCUCCUUAAUUAAACAGAAAGAAAUAGAAAAUUUUUAAAUAUAUAUAGAUAUAUAGAUAUAUAUGUAUAUUAUAUACACAUUUUAAAAGUGCUCAGCCAUUAUUUUUUUACUCUUGUGAUGACUCUUUGAAUUCAGUAUACAGAAAAUUAAAAAUUGAAGAAAAUAUAUUUUUCAAUUUGGAUUUUUAUAUUGAAAUCCCGCUCUUCUCAAUUUUAAGCGUAAAUAUUCUCAAAAAAUAAAAAAAAAAAGAAAGCUGUCAAAAAUAAUAGUGUUGCACCCAGAAUAAAUAUUUUGGUUUGAUAUUAUUAACUAAUAGUUUUAUCAUUAAUAUUAUACCCAAAUAAAUGGGUAUUUUAAUUAGUUUCAUUAAAUUACAAAAGUGAAAAGAAAAUUUUAAUUACGAAAAUAAAUAUAUUUUGAAGAUGGCUUUGCCAAUAAACUCUUUAUAUUCUUUGACGUGGGGUGAUUAUGGUACGUCGCUUGUAUCGGCCAUUCAACUUCUACGAUGCCAUGGAGAUCUAGUUGAUUGUACUCUAGCGGCUGGUGGUAGAAGUUUCCCCGCGCACAAAAUUGUUCUUUGCGCUGCUAGCCCAUUCUUGUUCGAAUUGCUUAAGAAUACACCAUGCAAGCAUCCAGUGGUAAUGUUGGCAGGAGUAAAUCCCAAUGACUUAGAAGCUCUUUUAGAGUUUGUUUACCGCGGAGAAGUGAGUGUUGACCAUUCACAACUACCUUCUUUACUUCAGGCAGCACAUUGUUUGAACAUUCAAGGAUUAGCACCUCAGACUGUGGCAAAAGAUGAUUUUCCACAAAUUCAACUUCAUCAAAUGGUACCACAACAUCAAGUAAAAACUGUUAUUGACGAUCAAGAGCAAUUGAUAGCUACAAUAGCUGCACCGCAACAAACUGUUCAUGCCCAAGUUGUUGAAGAUAUGAAUACUGUUCAUGCUAUUCCUCAACCGAUGCAUCAGGUGCAACAAACUCAUACCCAAGAUAAUGUAAAAGAUAUGAUUAAUCAACUAUUGCCAACAAGGAAACGUAAACCACGAGCUAAAAAAGUUAUUGGAAUAUCCGAACCUCCAAUAAUUGCAACGAAAAUUCAAAGAACUGAUGGCAUGGAAACUGUAAUGACAACGACAAACGCAAAUGAAAACGGUGAAGCCCAACAACAACAGCAAGUUCAACAUCCGCAAGCCCAAACUGUACAAGUCCAACAUAUUCAAGCUCAGCCUCAGCAAAUACAACAUCAAGCACAACAUCAACAACAACAGCAUGUGCAACAACAUCAACAAGUGCACCAUCAGCCACAACAACAGCAACAACAACAACAGCAACCACAGCAGCAACAACAACAGCAAACAACACAGCAAAUUACAACGGUGACGGUACCGGCUGGUAUAAAGUCUGAGGCUCCAAAUGAAACAAUAGUAACUGUAACUGACGCUACUGUGACACCUGCUCAAACAAAUACAGCUACUGUAGCAAGCAAAAAAGGCGACAGUGGAAAUAAAAACGCCAAAAGCAAAGAGCCUCGAUCAAGAUCUCAAUCGGAACAACCUGCGACAUGUCCAAUUUGUUAUGCGGUUAUUCGUCAGUCCAGAAAUUUGAGACGUCAUUUAGAAUUAAGACACUUUGCUAAACCUGGUGUGAAAAAAGAGCGGAAAACUCCAACAAAGAAAGCAGGUGCAUCGGCAUCUAGUGCUGGUAAAACUCCAGUCACCGGAACUACGACAGCGGUUACAUCUCAAGCUAACACUCAAGUACCACAAAUACAAACAGUUCAAACUGUGCACACAUUACAAACAGUUCAAGUAAAAAAAGAUCCUGAUCAAAUAACAACUACAUCAAAUAUGACACCGGUAACUGUAACAGUUGCUAGCGGAGGUCAACAACAUCAACACAAUGCAACUCAGCAGCAACAACAGCAAAUACAAACACAGCAAUUGCAACAACAGCAACAACCAACAGCAAUUAUUGAUCAAAGUGGUCAAAUUACAACGACCUCGGCGAAUGGGCAACAACAAAUAGUCACUCAAACCGAAAAUACUGAUGGAAGCACAUCGCUCUCUAUAGCACAUGUUCAAACAUUACAAGGACAUCAACUACAAUUGUCUAAUCUGAAUCAGCAAAAGAAUCAUAACAUAUUGGUAAAGAAGGUAUUUAUUUUAAAGGGCAACAAUAACACCCAAUGAUCAACCCCCUAGUAUAUAAAUAUUAUCAACAAUAAGAUAGUUGAUAAAGAUAAAAGCAAAAACAAAAUAAUUUAUAAUUAAUAUUAAUAUUAAUAUAAAAGAAAAUAAAAUGAAAAAACUGGAAUACAGACAAAAAAUAAAUGACAAUUUACAAGUGAAUAAUAACAAGUAGAACAACAACAUAAAAGCAUAAAAAUUUUCCUAUAAAGAAAGGAAAUAUAAAAAUUUCGUAGAAUUUUUUGUAUACAAUAAUUCGAAAUAUUACAUAUUUUUACAACAAAAUCUUAUUAUUUUUCCUUCCCUCCCUCCCCCUGUAAAUUAAUUCAUCAGUACUUUUUAUUAGAUAAGUAUAACAAAAAUUGUAUAAUAAAAAUUAUAUUAAAUUUAUAUGUAAGAAAAAGUAAUUGAAAAUAUUAGCAUUUAAGAACAUUCAAAAUUUUGUUCUAAGUUCCAUUAAGACAAAAAUUUUAACAUAAAAUAGAAAUCGAAAUUAAAAAGUAAGAUAAAAGAAAGAUAAUUGCAAUGUAAAAAAACAUUUUUUCGACUUUGUUGUUUUUUUUUUUUAAAUCAAAACAUUAAAUUUGCAGUAAGACGAUUGAUUAAAGGGGUAAUUUUUAGUUUUUUUUUGUUUUCAGUUACAUAAUUACAAACAUUACAAUUUUUUGUUUUCGUGCUUUUUAAAUGAAAGUUUUCGAUGGAAUUAAAUUUUUGUUACUUCUAUUUUUAAAUCAAAAUUUUUCGUAUGCCUUCGUUAUAGCGGGAAAAGAAUUAAAACUACAUAGGAAACAAUUUGAGCGUAUUCUAGAUUACAUUCAAACAAAUCUUGUCAAAUAUUAUAAAGUGUCCACGUCAGUUUUUUUAAAAAAAAUAAAAUUCCUUUCAAAAUUAUAAUUAUAAAGCAGCUUUACAACAUUUCUCUUGCAGGCACAUACGUUGUGUUUUGGGUAAUAACCAAAAUUGUAGUUUAACGCUUUUUCUAUUAGUAUUUAUUAUAAAAGAAAGGAUUUAUGUUAUUAUUACAUUUAUAAAUGUUAUUAUUACAUUUAUAAAUGUUAUUAUUACAUUUAUUAAUUUGAGCGUGUGUUUGUCUAUGUUUUUGUACUUGAAAAUAAUAAUUUAAAUGUUAUUUGUGUUUUUGUUUUGUUUCAUUUUCCUAAUAAUUAAAACUAUUGAAAAAUAAUAUGUAACAUAAUAUUAUUCUGGUUUAAAUGAUUUUUCAGUAAGAGCUUGUACGCAGAUAUUGCCAUAAUUCAAAAGAAUGUCAGCAUAAAGUUGUAAUUUCACGCAUUUCAUAAUUAAGAGUACAUUAAUAAUCAUUUUUUGUAAUAGUUUUCAUAAAUUCCACAUAAAAAUUUAAUGGCGAAAUAUAAUUAAAAUAUAUAAGUUGCAUAUAUUAUGGGUUUCUAUUAUUCAAAAGAUGGUGAAAGUUGACUAAUUUCAUUCAUAUAAAUCAUAAUUAAAAAGAAAAAAAAAUUGAUGCUCGCCAAUUGACCGGUUUGACAAAUUAACUUUGAAACAAAUAGGAUUAUUUUGUUCUUUAACAGAAUUAUAUUAACUCAAUUAUUAUAAUAUAAAGUGUUAAGCAAUUUUAAUAUCAGUUAUUUUCCAAAACAAUUUUCCGAUUUAGUUAAACUAUUUGUAAUAAGUGGAUUUAUUUUAACGUUCUCAAUAGAAAUGUAUUUGCUUAUUCGUAAGGUCACUUUAUUCUUUAAGAAUAGAGUUUUAAAGUGUUAAUAUAUUACGUAAAAAUACCAGCUAUAUUGUA